AUGUCGUCAGAAGAAACCCCCAAACCGUCCAAGACGUACGACGCGAGCUGCCACUGCGGCAGCAUCAAGUUCUCGCUGAAGCUCUCGCCGCCCCUGGAGGAGGGGUAUAAGGUGCUCGAGUGCAACUGCUCCAUCUGCCGGCGCAGCGGGUAUCUGCUCGUCUACCCCAAUAAGACGGACGUCACCUGGAACGGCGACUCGAGGGAGAAGUGCACCAACUACCGCUUCAACACCAAGACCAAGGACCAGAUGUUCUGUGGGCAGUGCGGCUCGAGUCUGGGGAUCGACUUUUUGAAGGAGGAUUACUACGGCAUCAGCGCACGAGCUAUCGACGGCAUCGACCUUGACAAGUUGACGUAUCAGAAGCUGGACGGCGUGAACAAAGUGUCUCCUGCGCAGGAUUUGUCCGGACAAGAAUCGAAGAAGACGAGCACGUAG